UCGAGCGGUCAUCUAAUUAGUCGCUGGCCUAGUCGCGUCGAGGCCAGAGGAAAUAAGGAGGGGGACUUGGAGGGCGGCGCGCAGAAAAACACGUGCGUCGUCACGAGACGUCGUCACGGCUCCGACGGCGCCUCGACGUCGUCGGCGCCGGCGGGCGCCUCGACGACGGGCGGGUCGCCGUCAUCAAUCUCGGGCUCCACGAAAUGGCGGCCGAUCCAGCCGUCGGGCGCGAGGGGCCCGCCGCCGGCGUUGAACCAACUUCCGCCGUUCUGCUCGGCCUCGCGGAUCUUGUCGUUCAUGCAGAGGACCGCCAUGCACGCGCCGCCUCCCCCAAAACAAGCGCAGGCGACGGCACCGAUGAUGCCUAAGAGGCCGCGCACGUGGUAAAAUAGAUCGGGCAUGAACAUGGCGAUGAGGAAGCCCGACACCCACAUGCCGACGAUGAUGCCCACGUGCGCGCACCGAUUCUUGCCUGCGCGCAAAUCAACCAGUGAGGAGCUGGCGUCGCGUCGAUGGCGUGGCGGUCAUGAUUCAGCCGCGGGCGAGAAGCGCCGCGACCUUGCUUUAUGCACUGUUGCUUUGCGGGCCCAGUCGGUGGCUUGGGUCGUGUUCUGGCAGAAGCCGUUGUCGCCGGCCGAGCAGCACAUGCCACCCCCUGAGUUUUUUUCUCCCUGGGCCAUGGUGAUAGAGUCCGCGUGGGGGCUGCCC